AUGGGUGGUCACGGCGGUCUGAACAUCCUCCCUCAGAAACGUUGGAACGUUUACAAUUUCGAUAACAGAGAAAAAGUCCGCAAAGAUGAAGAAGAAGCCGCAAAAGAGGAACAGCUUAAACGCGAACAAUCGCGCAAACGCGACACCGAGGUACGUCUCGAACGCCUCCGUACCUCGCGAGGCUUGGCACCGACUAUUCAGCCUCGUGAGUCCGUACCAGAAUCAGAACCGGAAUCUAAACCCAAACCAGAAGUUGAAGCCGUAGCGGAAGCCGGUGAUUUAGGUCAUAUUAACCUGUUUGAAGGGAUUAAGAUUUUUGAUCCAAUUCGAGUACCGAAGAGAGAGUAUGUUGACGAGAAAGAGGAAAUGAAGAAGAAGACUAAGAAGUUGAAGUUGCCGAAAGAGCAUGGAGAGUCCAUUCGUGCUGUUGGUCCUGAAGAUGAGAAAUAUAGGUUAGGUUAUGGGGUUGCAGGGAAAGGGGUUCAGUUGCCUUGGUAUGUUCAAAAGCAGAAACCUAACGAUGAUGAAGGUGGUGUUAAUGGUGAUAAUAGUGGUGAUAAUAGGAAGGGUGAAAAAAGGAAGAAGACAUUGGAGGAGUUGAGGGAAGAAAGGCUGAAAAGGGAGAAGAAAGAGAAGGAAAGGGAAAUGGCAUUGAGACACCCGAAGCAGCAAAGUCGUGUAGAGCCUUAUGGCAGUAGCAGAUACUACAGGCGAUGA